UCUCGAUUCACUCAUCUAUCUUUUCUUUCUCUCUCCAGCAGCCCAGCUCUCGCUGAAACACCACAGCAGAAGAAAAAAAUUAAUGAACUAUUUUCUCUGAAAUCCGCCACAUCAAAACCCUUUUCACUAAAAACCCACCACCAUCCAACCAUUUUAUCUGAAGUUCUUAAAAAAAAAAUUCUUAUAAACCCACCUCCAUUAAACCUUGAAGAGAAAUCUGAUUUUCUGUUGUUCAACCAAUUUCGUGUUUGAUAGAAACCCAGUUUCUUUUGAUGUGCGACCAUUUCAGUUUCGAUCUUGAUUUUGUCUACAGGUUAAGUGGUGCUAAAAAUGGGUCUUUGUUUCGAAACUCCAGCUCUAUUUCUUUUUCAUAGAACGAAGUAUAUUUUCGAUUCUCAAGGAAGGAAGAAGACCAUUUGUGGGAAAGUUUCUGUUGCAAAUCCUACCCCAAGUUUGAUUUUGAUUUUUGAAGUUAUUUAAUUUUGGGUUUUCUGUUAUUUGACUAUUUCUAGUAUGAUUCCACACAAGACCAAGCGAGGCUGUUGUAGUUUUUAACCGAGGCUUAUGAGGGUAUCCCAACACCAUGGUUAUCCCUGAUGCUCUCAAUAGAUGCAUGAAUAGAGCUUGGCCUGGUCUUGGAGAAGCUCUAAAAGGUAGCAUUGAGAAUAAGAUUCAUGGGAUGGCAACGGAACAAGGAUCGUUGAUGGAAAUUGUAUCCAGAAAAUAUGGUGAUAACUUCAAAGUUAUGGAGUUGAGCAAGAGUACACCCUCCGCAGAAGUAUGUUUACACAAGGCGAGUGAGGUUGCCACUGUUGUUAGUGGUGGUGCUUGGGGUGUUGAUGUUAUGACUUGGCAGUUGUAUUUGUAUUGUUGGACUGCAUUUGACUUGGCAAUAGAGUGUGAGAGACUAUACCUGCACGAAGACCUGAUAUAUUUCCAGUCCAACUUAACGGAAGCAACGUUUUCACCACCAUUGUCAGCAGAUCCUCCAGAAGAAAAAGAAAAGGAGGAAGAUGAUCUUGAAGCUGCAAUGAUGUCUUGGUUGAUGGUAAGAUCACUGUUGCUGCUGGAUAAGGAAAUGUUGGAAAGGGUUGUCCUUUUGCAGUUGUGCUCUCAAGCAAGCCGGUGCCAAGGUCAUAAUGACUGAAAUUGUUGUUGAAAUUUUUAGUAUCACUUCUCUAUAAGAACCUUGAACUUAUUAAUUGGCAGCUGAAUCCUUUUUUUUUAAUGAGUUUGGACUAAAUUUUAUGAAUGCAAUUCAAUGUAAUGGAGCUGUCAUUUUGUAUCAAAUGAAUCAGGUUUUAUAUGGAAUUUGAAUUUGGAAUUGUUCAUUUGAA